AUUAUUCGUCUUACUACAUUUAUGCCAAUAUAUUAAGUUAUUGUUUUCCAAAUAAUUUAUAACUAAUUUAAUUAUUUGUAUUAAAAAUGCGUAAUCUGAAAUUGAAAUCGUGCAAACAAUUGAGUGCCAAAGUGCACAAUGUUAAACAUAUUUUGUUGAAUCCAAAUAUAAGCCGCAAGGAAAGUGAUGAAAUCGUUCAUGUGGUCUCCGACGAUAAGCUUUUUGAGAUAAAAACAGUCACGGGCGAUAUAAAAGAGAUCGCCGCAGUUCCUGGAAUUGUAGGAGCGGAGUACUUAGCGCUAAAUGAUGAGAUAUGUCUAGCCACAGAAGCGGGGGAGGUGCUGGCUGUAUCGCCCAGCUCUGGCGCCGUUAACGAAUGUACAUUUUGUGAUGUUGGAUUGGAGAAGAUGUCAUGGAGUCCAGAUCAAGAAGUUGCCGUUUUUGUUACAAAGGCAAACACACUUGUUGUUAUGACGUGCACUUAUGACGUCAUAAAUGAACAUAAGUUAAAAGAAAAUUGUGAUCCUGAAAGUCAGUUUGUUAACGUUGGUUGGGGUAAAAAAGAAACACAAUUUCAUGGAAGCGAAGGUAAAGCUGCAGCUAAGCAAAAAAGCGAUUUUAAACCACCGGAGAAUGUAGAGGAGCUACCGCAGAAUAUUGAAAUUACUUGGCGCGCUGAUAGCAGUUAUUUUGUAGUAUCCUUUGUCAAUAAUGAAGUUGGACGUAUGUUUAAAAUUUUCAAAAAGGAAGGAGAAUUAGUAUACAUUUCGGAACGUUUACAAGGUUUGCAAUAUCCGGUUGCUUGGCGGCCAUCAGGUAACUGGAUCGCAAUGCCACAGAUACUCCCCAAUAAAAGUACUAUCUCGCUUUUCGAGAAAAAUGGUUUGCGACAUCGUGAAAUUACACUGCCAUUCGAAAUUGAUGAAGAACCCAUACAGUCUUUACGCUGGAGUAACGAUUCAGAUAUUUUGUCUGUUGAAACAUUAGAUGCCUCGACCGGAAAAAAUUAUAUUUAUCUCUAUACCAUAGGAAAUUAUCAUUGGUAUCUGAAGCAGGUACUUACUUUUGAGCAAACGGACCGCAUUUCACACCACUGUUGGGACCAGCGAAUAGGCGAGGAAAAGACUUUGCAYAUUUGGCUAGAAAAUGGUCGUUAUCUUAUUUACCGUUGGCAUUUCGAUUUCGAUCGCUUUGAACGAAGUGGCCUUGUAAUUGUAAUAGACGGUCCAAAAUUACUGUUUACCGAUUUCUCGAAAGCGAUUCCACCACCGCCGAUGUGUAGCAAAGAAUUUUACGCCGACGCCUAUAUCAAUGCUGUUGCUAUAACGGAAACCCACGAUGAAGAAUUGCAAUUGUACGUUUACGACGCCAAAGAACGAAUACAAGUAUUUCAUGUGAUCAACGGCACUUAUUCAAUUUCCUUAGAAAGGAUCUGCUUUUUGCAAAGAGCAGAGCCGAAACUUGAGAGAUAUUGGUCACCACCAAUAGAGCUCGGCAAUUUCUUUGUGCUAGACGAAAAACAUCUCGUCGCUACGGCAAAUAUUGCUGAAAAGAGCAAAGUGUUUCUGCUUCAGUUAUCGAUUGAUACGAAAUCCUACAAGACGAUUAGCAUCUUAAAACUGAACAGCGGAGCUGUUUGUAGUUGCAUGGGCUUCGAUACUUUGGAACAAUUCUUUGUGCAAACACUAAAUGGUAAAGUGCACCAAAUAUCGAUACACAAUGAGUCUACACUUAAGCUUGACAAGGUGUACCAACAAUUGGACCAUGUUGCAUUAACCAUGGAAUGGUAUCAAACACAGUCGGCGCAAGCAGAUUGCCUCAUUUCAUUGUUGCAUAAUCAGCGUUUGUAUAUUGACAACGAAUUGAUAGCYGGCGAUGUGACUUCCUUUUGCUUGGCCGGCAAUUACUUGGCCUAUACAAAGUUAACCGAGUUGAAUUUCAUAUUGCUCGCCACACGCCAACAUGCCUAUAAACGUAAUAUGGAGCGUGGUGGCAGACUGGUGACCACUAUAGCGAAUGAUGCGCGCGUCGUGCUUCAAAUGCCACGCGGCAAUUUAGAAGCGAUUUGCCCACGUGUGCUUGCCUUGGAGAUCAUCGGUCAAAUGCUCGAUAAGCAGCGCUAUCGUGAAGCKUUCAACAUGCUGCGCAAGCAACGCAUAAAUUUGAACAUUAUUUGUGAUCACAAUAUGACAAAUUUUGUGAAAAAUGUGGACGUUUUCUUGAAGCAGAUAACAAAUCCGCAAUGGCUAAAUCUUUUCCUCACCGAUUUGCAGAAUGAGGACUUCUCCAAAACAAUGUACGCCAGCAACUAUACCGCAGCACAACAAACAUAUCCAGAAGGCUUCAAAAUCACAUCCAAGGUGAAUUAUAUCUGCACGCUAUUGUACAAAUAUAUGUCAGAUAACGACCAGGAACGUUUUCGCUUGCCCAUUAUUACAGGCUUUGUGAAAAUAGGUAAGGUUGAGGAAGCACUGCUGCUGGUUUGGGAAGCUAAGAAGCAACAAAAUUUACACGCUAAAUAUGUCGAUAAUUCCAUGUUGGGCUCAGCCGAAGAGGCGCUCAAACAUCUGCUCUACUUAGUUGAUGUAAACGAAUUAUACAAUGUUGCAUUGGGCACCUACGAUUUCGGUUUAGUGCUUUAUGUAGCGCAAAAAUCGCAAAAAGACCCCAAAGAAUUUCUACCUUUUCUUAACGAACUGAAGCAGUUGGAAAUGAAUUAUCGUCGUUUCAAAAUUGAUCUGCAUCUGAAGCGUUACGAAAAGGCACUGGAGAAUAUCGCUAAMUGCGGAUUUGAGAAAUUCGACGAAGCCUUAGAAUUUUUGGACCGCCAUCGUCUCUACAAAGAAGCUUUUAAGUACUAUAACUUGGAAAAUGGUGAUGAUUUGACUGAGCCAGAAAAGGAAAGUCUGCGUAACUGUCAUAUGCGCAUCUGCUUGACCUAUGCGGAUCACUUGCGCGCUGAGAACGAUCUUGCUAGUGCGAGCAUUAUGUAUGAGCGCGGCGGCAAUCUCGCACAGGCGCUGCUCUGUUCCAAGCAUAUAUUGGAUUGGCGUCGUGUGCUGAUGUUGGCGCAAAAGGAUGCAAAGGWUGUAGGCACAGUGGCGCUCACCAUGUUGCCAGCUUUACUUGAACACGGGCAAUAUCAGGUUGCGCAUGACUUACAAAAGACUUAUGGCACAAACUUUAAGGAAGCAAUCAAAUAUCUCCUGCAGGGUCAUCUCUACUUCCAAGCAAUUGUAGAAGUGAAUUUGAAUAACGGAGAGGUUGCAUUAUUAGAGGAAUAUGUCAAGCCAGAGUUGCUCGCAUACGUUAAGCAACUGCAACAGCAGUUGUCGGAUGAUGAAACCGUGUUCAUUGCACACAAGGAACGUUUGUGUGAGGUUCGCGUGCUUGCGCAACAAAAGCGUGAUGGCCUCUUUAAUGGCGAUGAAAUGGCUGAUAUUGAUGAAGUCGACUUACUCUCCGACACUACUAGUAUGCGCUCAUCGCGUUACACUGGAAGCUCUCAAGGCACCGGCAAAACAUUCCGUUCGGCCAAAAAUCGCCGUAAGCACGAACGUAAAUURCUUAGCUUGAAGCCCGGCAAUCCAUUCGAAGAUAUCGCACUCAUUGAUGCGCUGCACAAUGAAGUCAUGAAGUUGGUCAAUCAGCAGGAACAGGUGCGUGACACAUGCAAAGCCUUAAUGGAAUUACAAAUGGACAAGCCGGCAUCAUCGCUACAAAAACAAUAUGCACAAAUGCUCACACUGCUGCAAGACUCCUUCGAUACGAUAUGGACUGAAGAAAUGGCCAGCGUGCAUACUAUGGAGUACAAGCCAUCACCAACAACCGAUUACACACAGUUGCAAAACGAACAACGCUACGCAUUGUUGGCUCCGCAAAAACGUUUUAAGCCGCAAAUAGACAUUAUCGAUUGGAUGUGUAAAAUACUUGCUUAGACAUAUACAUAUACCUUACUACUGCAUAAAUUAUAAUCUCAAUAAUAAUAAUAAUUUUAAUAUAAAACACAUUUAAGCUGCGUGCACACCAUGUCUAGCCGGGCAGCGUGUAAUCGCCUGGCUAGUAUGAAAAAGCGUAAAGUCUUUAGCAAUUAAUCAAAUUUGUAUUUACAAGCAAAAUUUGUAUGUAACAACAUCAAUCAAAAGCAUUGAAUUAUUGAAAAGGUAUGUAUACUUAUGCAUAUGUUUGUAGUAUUUGCGUUAUAUUUUGUACAUAUAUUGUUAAUAAAAACC